UAAUCAAUAGAAACUAGUUUUGCCAUUUUGGUACUGUUGAUUUACUGUAUCUGAAAUGGAGCUUGAUAAGGUGACGAUGGAGAUCUUCUCUAAACUCGAGCAGAAAUGGUUGUACCAGUACGAACAGAAGAAAACACGUAUUCUCACCAUUGACGGUGGUGGAACAACCGGCAUUGUUUGCGGUGCUGGGUUGAUUCAUCUAGAAGACCAGAUCUGUUCCAAAACCGGAGAUCCUCACGCUCGAGUUUCGGACUACUUUGACAUUAUAGCUGGUACCGGCAUUGGAGCGGUUUUUGCCGCAAUGCUUGUUGCUGACGCAGGCGAUGGACGUCCGAUAUUCACGGCGAAGGAUGCUGUGAAAUUCGUAACCGUAAACCAGGCACGGCUGUUUAAGGCGAAGAACGUCGGUGUUUUCCCCCGGAAAAGGAGGUAUUCAGGGAAGAGUAUGGAUAAGGUAUUGAAGGAAGCUUUCAUAAGAGAGGACGGGAAAGUGAUGACGCUAAGGGACACGUGUAAGCCUAUACUUGUUCCUUGCUUUGACCUCAAAAGCUCAGCUCCCUUCGUUUUCUCCCGAGCUGAUGCGACCGAGUCUACUAGCUUUGAUUUCGAGCUCUGGAAAGUUUGCCGCGCCACGUCAGCAAAUCCGUCAAUGUUUAAGCCGUUUCAGUUAAAUUCUGUCGACGGAAGAACCUCUUGCUCCGCCGUAGACGGCGGUCUCGUGAUGAACAACCCAGCCGCCGCGGCGGUAACUCAUGUUUUACACAACAAACGAGAUUUUCCUUCGGUGACUAGCGUUGAUGACCUGUUAGUUCUCUCUCUAGGUAACGGUCCGUUAAGUCCCCAGUCAAACAUGAAACUCCGUAAUGACGGCUACUGCUCUCCAUCUUCCGUCGUCGGUAUCGUUGUCGACGGCGUAUCUGAAACCGUUGACCAAAUUCUCGGCAAUGCGUUCUGCUGGAAUCCUAAUGACUACGUCAGAAUUCAGGCAAACGGCUACACAAGUGGAGGAGUGGGUCCGAGACCGACAGAGGAGGAGGUGUUGGAAGAAAGAGUGGUAGAGUCAUUGCCUUUUGGCGGUAAGCGGUUAUUGACGGAAACUAACAGACAACGAAUCGGAAGCUUCGUACAACGGCUUGUGAAGAGUAGUUUGCCGCCAAGUCCUUGCAAGGAAACUAACGUGAACCCCCUCAUAAACGGACGUUAAGUCAUAUUCAUUGUCUUCUUAUUUGUUUGAUAAUUCACUUUUUGUCCCUUCUGUUUAGUGCUAGACCCGAGAUUAGUUUAAAACCGUUGUCGUGUUACGUCUUAAUCAUCUUGAUGUUCGAGUAGAAUAUUAGUGGUCGCAUUUUAAUAAUAGAGUACUAGCUUAGUGUCUACUGACUACUGUAAUAUUUUACAUAAACUCUCUUUUGUCUUAAUGGAUCGUAUCAAAUGA